GGCCCAGACGCUCCGCGGCUGCACAGGCUCCGGCGGCUGCUGCUGCGGCCAUGUGGGUCCCGGGCUGCGACGGGGGAGCGGCCAGCGGGCUCUGGCAGCUCCCGCUGCUGCUCCUGAGGCUGGGCGCCUUCUGCGAGCCGGCGGGCAGCCGGGAGGCGCGGCUGCCCAGCGGUCAGACCGUCUGCCUGAGAGGCACGCAACGCCCUUGCUACAAAAUCGUUUACUUUCACGAAGUCGCCCGCAGGGUUGGCUUCCAGGAAGCCCUUCAAACCUGCCGAAGAGACGGCGCCGACCUGGUCAGCAUCGAAUCCCAGUCAGAACAGGUGUUGGUUGAGAAGAUGAUCCAGCGUUAUUCGGCCUCCGAUGGCGAUUUCUGGAUCGGUCUCCAGAGAGAAGAAGAACCCAAGAACGACACCCAAUGUCCAUCUCUGUACACCUGGACUGAUGGGAGUUCAUAUACCUUUCGAAACUGGUAUGCAGAUGAGCCCUCCUGUGGAAGCGAGUGGUGUGUGGUGAUGUAUCACCAGCCCUCGGCACCUGCCGGCGACGGGGGACGUUACCUGUUCCAGUGGAACGAUGACCGAUGCAACAUGAAAAACAACUUUAUUUGUAAAUAUUCGGAAGAAAAGCCAACAGUUUUCUCUGAAUUGGCUGCCUCUCCGACAGGGUACAUAACAGGGUCUUCGCCAUUCACAACCCCAGAAAUCCCCAGGCAGGAGGCUGUCGCGAACAAAACCCUCCCGGAGGCUAAAGAGCCUGCUUGGAGCCUUCUAUACAUCUUAAUUUCAAGCAUACCCGCUUUGCUUCUCUUGAUCACCAUUGCCGUUUUUAUCUUUUGGGUUUACUCAAAGAGGAGACGGGAGCAGAGAGAAGCAAACACGAAGGAGAAAGAUGCCUGGUCGUCUACCAAAACACAAAACAGCCCCAGUUUAGAGAUCUAUAAUGUGAUUAAAACACAGGGGGAGGCCGAUCUUGCUGGAACGAGACCCCAAACCCAAAACUCCUCUUUCCGUGUCCGUCUUGGAGGAGAAGACCUCUGUGGAGACUAUGACAAUAUGGUGGUCAACAACUCAGAGAGUGGCUUUGUGACUUUGGCAAGCACCGAAAGCGGAUUUGUCACAAACGACAUCUAUGAACUGUGCCAUGACCAAGUGGGGCAAAGCAAAGAGUCAGCUUGGGUAGAAAAUGAAAUUUAUGGAUAUUAAAGAGCUGGUGGUGAGAGAUAGAUUCAAGCUGAGGAAUGCCCCCAUUGAUACAAACUUUAGUACACACAGACAUUGUGUGCUGCUGAAUUGCGGAGCGGUUUCCUUUCCCUUCCUAAAAGGGGCAUAUGGUUGGUUGGUUGCUUGACCGUUGGUUGGUUGGUUGGUUGGAUGGAUGGAUGGAUGGACGUCAUCAACUUGUUUUUAAUUCCUAGCCACCAUGUUUUGUCCAUGAAGAUCUACCCCUAGUUUGAUCAUUCAGAUCUUCCACUGGUGAACCCAUCAUCUCUGUCAUUGAGUCCGUCCAGUUUGUUGCUGGUCACCUUCUUUUUCCGUCCAUCUUUAAACAUGAAAGCAGAGAUUUUAUUGACCAGGAAAUGAUUUUGGGAGAACUUGAUUCCCUUCCUUGUUACAGCCUCCUGAUCAUCUAGAACCUGACAACAUGUUUUGCAUUAUAAUAAGCACAUCAAGGAAUUGUUGACAUCCAGAUGGAAUUGGUGAGAUAUGGCUAAAUAUAACACGGGUUUUGUUUAUCGCCACCUGGCUUUGAUCAGCUGCCGAGUUUCCAUCUUUACCUGUUUGGUACUCCAAAAUUUUUAUCAGAAAGGAGGAGUGUUUCCCCCCCCCCCUGCUCUUCUAUUCUUCCACAUGGUAUUUUUUUGCAGACUGAUCCGAGGAUAAAGGAAAGGACGUUUUCUAACUACAGUAUCUUCUGUGUUGAUAUAGACAUUUUUGGUUUGGUUCAGAAGCGGUGCAAAGUGAUAAGAACUCCUUUGCAGUUGUGGGCAGACCUGUUUCUUGGAAGCAGAGUAGAAAAGGGAUGAACUCGGAGUUAGUUUAAAAAAAACAAAAAAACAGUUGCCAAAGAUUGUUUCCUUCAUAUCUCAGAUGCUUUCUGUCCAGGAUGAGAUUGGCAGAUUUGGGAAACAAAUAACAUCCCUGUGGUUCUAAGCAACACGCAGUUGCCAAUUCUGAAAUCAUGUCCAGAUUUACCUUGUCGAAAGCUAUCCUACUGUUCUUAGAAAAAAUUAAGAGCAAAUAAGCAAUGUAUUAUUUGAAAUCGUAUGCAAAUUUUGAUAUCCUUAUACUUGUGCUCAGUGGUGAAAUGUAAAAUUUGUUACUACCAGUUCUCUGAGCAUGGCUGAG